AUGGACUAUAUGAACAUUUGUCUAGGAUUCUUCUUCAUCUGUUUUUUGGUGCGUGGAGUAUUGAUUUUUUCACUUAGAAGAAGCAAAAGAGUUGCACCAGGUCCAUUCCCUUUGCCUAUCAUCGGUAAUCUUCACUUGCUUGGUCAUAAACCCCACAUAUCACUUGCUCAACUCGCAAAAAAACAUGGUCCAAUUAUGAAUCUGAAAUUGGGGCAAAUAAACACAGUCGUCAUUUCCUCAUCCGCCUUGGCAAAACAAGUCUUGCAAAAGCAAGAUUUAGCCUUUUCCAAUAGAUUUGUUCCAGACGCCCUUCGUGCCUGCAAUCACUCUGGUUUAUCUGUUGUAUGGCUAUCUGUCAACAACUCACAGUGGAGAACGCUUCGCAAGGUUAUGAACUCUCACAUCUUCUCAGGUAACAAGCUUGACGCUAAUGAGCAUGUCAGAACAAAAAAGAUUCAGGACCUGAUUAAUUACUGUCACAACUGUAGCAAAGUUGGUGAAGCAGUAGAUAUGGGCAGAGCAUCUUUCAGGACUUCACUGAAUUUGAUUUCCAACACCAUUUUCUCUAAAGAUUUGACUGAUCCAUUUUCCGAUUCUGCUAAGGAAUUUAAGGAAUUGGUGUGGAACAUCAUGGUUGAGGUUGGUAAACCCAAUUUGGUGGACUAUUUCCCCUUACUUAAGAGGAUUGAUCCACAAGGUAUAAGGCGGCGCUUGACUGAAUAUUUUAGUAAGGUUCUUCACCUUAUUAGUGGUUUGAUCGAUGAGCGGAUAAAGGAAAGGAAAAUGGGAAAUCGGGCAAAUGUUGAUGUGUUGGAUGCCCUUCUCAACAUUAGCCCUGAUGAAAUCGACAGGAAUCAUAUCGAGCAUCUGUGUCUGGAAAUGUUUGCAGCAGGGACCGAUACAAUAUCAAAUACAUUGGAGUGGGCAAUGGCUGAACUACUCAAGAAUCAACAUACAUUGGAGAAAGCACAAAAAGAACUUGAACAAAUAAUUGGCAGAGGCAAACUAAUAGAUGAAGCUGAUGUUGCAAAAUUACCUUACUUGAGGUGCAUCGUCAAAGAAACCUUUCGCAUACACCCACAAGUUCCUUUCUUAAUUCAGCGCAAAACAGAGGAAGAUGUUGAUUUUUGUGGCUAUACUAUUCCAAAAGACUCCCAGGUUCUUGUGAACGUAUGGGCAAUAGGGCGCGACUCUAGUCUAUGGGAAGACCCUUUGGACUUUAAGCCGGAGAGGUUUUGGGAGUCAGAAAUAGACUUUAGAGGUCGGGAUUUUGAGCUGAUUCCAUUUGGUGCUGGUAGAAGAAUUUGCCCUGGAUUGCCUUUGGCUAUCAGGAUGGUUCCAGUAGCACUAGGUUCAUUGCUAAAUACAUUUAAUUGGAAGCUACAUGGUGGAAUUGCACCUAAAGAUUUGGACAUGGAGGAGAGUUUUGGUAUUACCUUGGCAAAAACUCAACCUCUGCUAGCUAUCCCUAUUCCGGUGUAA